GAAAGGGCGUCACGUGACGGCUGGCCCCGCCUCUUCCUCUCGGUCCCAUAUUGAACUCGAGUUGGAAGAGGCGAGUCCGGUCUCAAAAUGGAGGUAAAACCGCCGCCCGGUCGCCCCCAGCCCGACUCCGGCCGUCGCCGCCGCCGCCGGGGGGAGGAGGGCCAUGAUCCAAAGGAACCCGAGCAGUUGAGAAAACUGUUCAUUGGUGGUUUGAGCUUUGAAACUACGGAUGAUAGUUUAAGAGAACAUUUUGAAAAAUGGGGCACACUUACAGAUUGUGUGGUAAUGAGAGACCCCCAAACAAAACGUUCCAGGGGUUUUGGUUUUGUGACUUACUCUUGUGUUGAAGAGGUGGAUGCAGCAAUGUGUGCCCGACCACACAAGGUUGAUGGGCGUGUAGUGGAACCAAAGAGAGCUGUUUCUAGAGAGGAUUCUGUAAAGCCUGGUGCCCAUCUAACAGUGAAGAAAAUUUUUGUUGGUGGUAUUAAAGAAGAUACAGAAGAAUAUAAUUUGAGAGACUACUUUGAAAAGUAUGGCAAAAUUGAAACCAUAGAAGUUAUGGAAGACCGGCAGAGUGGAAAAAAGAGAGGAUUUGCUUUUGUAACUUUCGAUGAUCAUGAUACAGUUGAUAAAAUUGUUGUUCAGAAAUACCACACUAUUAAUGGGCAUAAUUGUGAAGUGAAAAAGGCCCUUUCUAAACAAGAGAUGCAGUCUGCUGGAUCGCAAAGAGGUCGUGGAGGUGGAUCUGGCAACUUCAUGGGUCGUGGAGGAAACUUUGGAGGUGGUGGUAAUUUUGGCCGUGGUGGAAACUUUGGGGGAAGAGGAGGCUAUGGUGGUGGAGGUGGUGGCAGCAGAGGUAGUUAUGGAGGAGGUGAUGGUGGAUAUAAUGGAUUUGGAGGUGAUGGUGGCAACUAUGGUGGUGGUCCUGGUUAUAGUAGUAGAGGAGGCUAUGGUGGUGGUGGACCAGGAUAUGGAAACCAAGGAGGCGGAUAUGGUGGUGGUGGUGGAGGAUACGAUGGUUACAAUGAAGGAGGAAAUUUUGGAGGUGGUAACUAUGGUGGUGGUGGGAACUAUAAUGAUUUUGGAAAUUAUAGUGGACAACAGCAAUCAAAUUAUGGACCCAUGAAAGGGGGCAGUUUUGGUGGAAGAAGCUCGGGCAGUCCCUAUGGUGGUGGUUAUGGAUCUGGUGGUGGAAGUGGUGGAUAUGGUAGCAGAAGGUUCUAAAAAAAUUUCAGAAGAAAAGGGCUACAGUUCUUAGCAGGAGAGAGAGCGAGGAGUUGUCAGGAAAGCUGCAGGUUACUUUGAGACAGUCGUCCCAAAUGCAUUAGAGGAACUGUAAAAAUCUGCCACAGGAGGAACGAUGAUCCAUAGUCAGAAAAGUUACUGCAGCUUAAACAGGAAACCCUUCUUGUUCAGGACUGUCAUAGCCACAGUUUGCAAAAAGUGCAGCUAUUGAUUAAUGCAAUGUAGUGUCAAUUAGAUGUACAUUCCUGAGGUCUUUUAUCUGUUGUAGCUUUGUCUUUUUCUUUUUCUUUUCAUUACAUCAGGUAUAUUGCCCUGUAAAUUGUGGUAGUGGUACCAGGAAUAAAAAAUUAAGGAAUUUUUAACUUUUCAAUAUUUGUGUAGUUCAGUUUUUCUACAUUUUAGUACAGAAACUUUAACAAAAUGCAGUUUUGAAGGUGUUUCCUUGUGAGUUAACAAGUAAAGAAGAUCAUUGUUAAUUACUAUUUUGUAUGAAUUUUGCUAAAGUUAACUGUAAAGAAACACCUGCUGACUUGCAGUUUAAGGGGAAUCUAUUCUCUGCAUUUCCAAACCAUGAAAUGAAUGGGCUCUGACAUGUGGAGAGAAUAGAUAUUUGUAUGUUUGCAAUGUGUGUUUUAGAUAAAUAGAAUUGGGUAUUUAAAUUAGCAUAUUUGUGAAUUUAAUAGCAUUAAGAUUUACCUUCAAAUGAAAAAAAAACUCAAAAUUCCUAUUUGGUUUUUGUGCAUUUUCUUUCAAAAUGUAAUCAUAUGAUUUUAGUGUGUUAGUUUUGCUGAGAGUCCUAGCUGUGUUUAGAACAUCUCCAUUCUACAUUCACCUUGGUCACAUGUGAACUGCCAUAGUUUUAUUUGGGUGUAAUGAAUGUCUACUGCCCUCUGUUUAAAUUUAAAUUCUGGAAAGGGGUAGUGGAUGUUUUCCCUUUCCCUUAAAAACCAUUCUUAAAAACUUCAAAAUACAGGACCACUAAGCCUGCUGUGUCUGAGCAAAUUAGUGGCUACCCUCUUUUUUCCUUUUUAAAGCACAAGAGGCCCAUAUGUCUUCAGUUAUUUUCCUUGGUUUAAUAUAUAUAUUUUUUUGAUAACAAGCUUUCAGAAGCAAGAGAAUAAAAAUCAUGCAUUGUUGAACCCUUAACUGGCUGGCAUGCUUUCCUGUUUGUACCCUUUAUAUUUUAUUGGAUAAAACCAAGGACAGUCCAGAUAAAAUCCUAAAUCACUUACUGCAGUAGAAGUGUAGCACAGUUGCUUAGUACAAGCUUCUCACUUCCCAGAGACCUGAAUUCAAAUUUGAAUAGCCUGAGUUCUUGCUCACUUAAAAUCCAAAAGAACACACUGUUAUCCAUGUGUAUGCUUGAACCUAAAUCAUGUUGGUAUGAGUUAACAGUUUGGUUUGGAAGACCUUGGUUGGGAAGAGUUUCAGAUAAGGUCAUAUAUAUAAAAAGCAAUGUCUACUGUUUUGCGCCAGCUAGUGCUUACAAUUUCAUUCGAGCCCUAAGUUAUGUGCUCCGCUGUUAUUCUUUCUUUGGCAGUUGAACGUUGAAUUCGAAAUUUUUUUGUUUUCAGAAGUACUAAGCAAAACAAGCAAUAAAAAGGGGAAUGGGGCGUGCUAGUGUUUGAAUAUGCUCUCUUGUUGCUCUAAUUCUGUGCCUCUGUGCAUUAUUAAUAUUUGGAUGCAUGCAAUGCCAGCAUGGAAAUCGGUCUUCACAGAUACUGCAGUUUUCCAGAAUACACUCACAAACCAAUAAAUGUAACAGACAACAUUCCAUUUGUUAAUGGACAUAUGUGAAUAAGCAGUGUAGAAAAUAGGCUAAUAUUAGAAAAUGGUUAAGUCUUUAACAACUCAAAUGUGGUUAUAUAAAUGGACACUGUCAAUGUUCAUAACUUAAACCUGGGUACCUGGUCAAAGUACUGCUUGGGAAACAUUUUAUUAAAAUUGAGCUAAAUUGUCUCAAGUUCUUUUAUUCGUAUAAUAAAGGUUGAAGGAAUGGGGGAGAUUAACA